GCUUUUUAAGCAGUAGCAAAAGAGAGAAAUGAUUAAAAAGAUACUGUUUAUAUUAAUAUACGUCUACAUCACAUUGUGUGCCGCAGGCUUACUUGCUGAAAAGAAGUCUAUAUUUGAUAUUAUUGUCAAGGAUGAACGAUUCUCAAAGCUUACAGGAGAAAUUGAAAAGCAUAAUUUGACCACUGUAUUCAAGAGCAUCAAGGCUGGGACGGUCUUUGCACCGAUCAAUGAAGCAUUUGAUCGUAAAGAGACCACAUCUCCAGAACAGAUCCUCUACCAUGUCAUUCCUGUGGCCAUCAAGUCUGGUGAACUCUGGGAUGGAAGGCUCUUAAAGACUGAAGCACAUUACAAUAAAAUCACUCAGUUGCUUGAAAUAUCAAAGGAUGAUGAUACUAUUGUCAUUGGUACCGGCGUUCAAUUAAAUACAGCCAAGGUGGUUCAAGCAGAUAUGGAUGCUACGAACGGUAUUAUUCAUGCUGUUGACCACAUUCUGUCAUUGCCUGAUAAUUUAUAUGAAACACUGAGUCUAGAACAGUCCGUAGAGAAUUUUUAUGACUUGGCUGACAGAGCACAUAUUGAGCAUGACCUAAGAUUUGGUGAAGGAUAUACUGUGUUUGCUACCAAGGAUAGCGUCUUUGGUGAUGAACUGAAUGAUAUUGAAAAGGAUUAUCUCUACAGCAAACAAGGCCGCCAUGACUUGGCUAGGCUGCUCUAUCAUCAAGUUUCUCCCAAGAUUUUUUACUCAACUGACCUCAAAGAAGGAAAGUCCAAGAUUAAAACAUUAGAAGGAUCAGAAGACCUUGAUAUAUUGGUCCAAAAGGGUACUAUCACCGUCAAUGGCGUAAAGGUGGUCAAGCAAAAUCUCUUGGCAUCCAAUGGUGUCAUUCAUAUCCUUGAAAAGCCUAUCUUGCCUAAAAACAAAGAGUUCCUAAAGCUAGACUCUCGCAAGGUCCUUCAAGCUCUUGGUUCUUCUCGUUUUAUCAAGUUACUUGACGACAACGAUCUUGGUGCUUAUUUGGAUAGCAAUAACCCAUUGACCAUCUUGGCUCCACCCGACAAGGCUCUAGAUGAAGGUAAUGUUCCAAGUAACAAGAUCAAAUCGUGGCUCCAGUAUCACAUCAUUCAUGGCCGUUAUCUUCCUUCUGACCUUGCUGAUGGCCAGUUAUUAAAAACUGAAUCUCAUGAUGACCUCGGUAGUUCCUUUUAUCAACGCAUCAGAGUCACACUUACUGAAGAGGAUCCCACUCUUUAUGGCAAGGAUGGCUUUUAUGUUAGCAAACAGUCCAUUCAGUUUGAUAAAGUGAAUGUCUUGCGAGACCCAAUCGAAUCUGGAAAGAAUAUUGUUAUUUAUCCUAUUGCAAGAUCUCUCUUCUUACCUCGAGACACGCUUAGUCGACUCCCUGUCAAUUUGGAAUUGUCCACCUUUGUCGCAAGUAUCUAUGCCUCUGGUGUAGACGAAGUUAUCAGCAACACAGAAGGCAUCACCUUGUUUGCGCCCAAUAACGAAGCCUUUAGCCGUCUUGGUCUUGUCACAAAGCAUUUGCUGCAACCCGAUGCCAAAGAAAAGAUGCAGCAGGUCGUCAAGUUCCAUACUGUUCGUGAUGUACUUUACGAAAAUUCCACAGCCAAGGGGGAACAUCAAAAGGAGACUCUCGCUUCUGGUGACCAAUUGACACUGAACAAGACGGAUGAUGGCUUCUUUAUUCGUGGCAGUGGAGCUACUGACGGAAGCGAUCGUAGUGUGAUUGGCAAAGUGAUUAAAAAGGAUAUCUUGACAUCGAAUGGUGUUAUCCAUACCGUCGAUCGUGUCCAGUUACCGGAAUCGCUCAAGAUCAACAACCGCGAUCUACUGUCGGCUGAAGGAACUCAAAACUUGCUUGGAUUGGUCGAGCACAGUAAUCUGUCAAGAGCAAUUCUUGGAGGUAUCGCUGGUGACAAGCCUUACACCAUUCUCGCUCCAACCGAUCGUGCCUUUGCCAAGAUCAAUCUCGGUCAUCUGAAGGGUGAUCCCGAGAAGCUGGUCAAGUUUGCCAAGUUACACAUCAUUCCCUCCCCGUUGCCUCCUGUAGACGCAGGUGAGAUUAAGAAGCGCUGGUGGCCAUGGGAUGAUAACAAGAAUGAAAACCCUUCAGAUAUCGGAUAUACAGGCACUGACUAUCCCUCCUUGCUUUCUGAUGAUGUCAUCUUGACCAUAAGCAAGAAUGUUGGUGGCGGUUACUCAAUCAAGGUCAAGGGAAGUUCCCAGGAUAGUGCCGAAGUCAUUGAUAUUGGACGCUCAAGUGCUGGCGGAGGUGUACUUGAAAUUGAUCGUGUACUCGUUCCUCCUGAAGAAGAACAACAACAGAACCAUGGUCUCCCUUGGUGGGCUAUCGCACUAAUCGUUCUUGGCUCUCUCUUGGGUCUUGCCCUCUUGGUACUCGCUGGUUAUUAUGGAUGGCGAUGGUACCAAGACCGUCGUUCGGGACAGAUCUCCCUUGGACAAUAAAUCUUUGGUAUUCAAUGCUGAUAUACGAUUAUGUGCAUUAAAAAUAAAUAAUAAAAUCUUUUCGAAAAUCCCCUUACUUUAAGGAAAAUCCCUUGACAUUGUUCUGAAACAGAUGAAUCAUGACUAUGUAAGAGAGAGACAGGAUAUAAAUUACAGAACCCAAGUCAAUUCUAUAUUCUUUGUUCCUCACACAAUGU